AUGCUUUUCUUCACCUUGGUUCUCUUAUUCUCAACAUAUCUACCUGACUCUUUGUUCCGUGCAGUCAGUGCAACGGAUGUCAAUAUUGUAUUCGACAUCGACAACUCCGUCGUGGCGCCCGACGGGUUCUCUCGUGCGGGAGUCAUCGUCAACGGCAUAUUUCCUGGAUCGCUAAUUCAGGCAAACAAGGACGACGUGCUGCAUAUCGCAGUCAACGAUAUGCUGACGGAUCCUUUAAUGAGACGCAGCCUCUCCAUUCACUGGCACGGACUGUUUCAAAUGAGGACUGCCUCUGAAGAUGGACCGGCUAUGGUCAAUCAAUGCCCAGUUGCACCCAAUCAUUCCUACACGUACGACAUACCGCUCAACGGGCAAGCUGGGACAUUCUGGUACCACAGCCAUCUUUCAUCUCAAUACGUUGACGGAUUGCGAGGACCACUAGUUAUCUACGACCCUGAGGACCCCCACCUAUCUCUCUAUGACGUAGACGAUGCAUCAACCGUAAUCACGCUGGCAGAUUGGUACCACAAUCCCGCGCCGGGAAUGGAAGAGAUCUUUCUUCAAGGAAACGACGAGCCUAUCCCAGAUUCUGGGCUUAUCAACGGUGUUGGUAGGUAUAAUGGAGGACCUCAGGUAGUCCGCGCCCGUAUCAAUGUGAUUGCCGGGAAACGAUACCGCUUCAGGGUAAUCAACAUCUCCGCAUACGCCGCAUUCACAUUCUCAAUUGAAGGGCAUGACUUGACUAUCAUUGAAGUCGAUGGGAUUAGCCACGUACCGCACACCGUCGGUGGAUUCGAUAUCUACGUCGCCCAGCGCUACUCUGUCGUGCUCAAUGCAAAUAAACCCGUCGCGAACUACUGGAUCCGCGCACCUAUGACGCUCCAACACUCGAGCGACAACGAGAACUUGGACACGCGCAAUGUUUUUGCGGUGCUUCAUUACAUUGGCGCGCCGGAUGCAGAGCCCACCACGCAGGCGGAUCAAGGAGCGCAAAAUCUUCUACAGGAAUAUCAGCUGGCGGCUCUAAUUAACCCCGGAGCACCUGGGGGGAGUGCGCCUGCAGAUCGCUCUAUUGACUUAGAUUUUAGUAUGGAGGUUAAGAACGGAAGAUUAAUGUGGGAGAUAAACGGUAUCUCAUACCUUCCUCCUGAUCUUCCGACUAUGCUCAACAUCAUCGCCAAUGGCUUUUCUUCUCCGAAUAACUUCACAACCACGGAGCACACCUUCGUAAUCGAUAGGAAUGAAGUCAUCGAGCUUGUUAUUCACGGCUCGCCAAAUGUCCAUUCCAGUGGGUAUCUGGAUAGCUUCGCACAACGUAAUCUGAUGAAAAUUCUCAGCCUACACGGUCAUGCAUUUGAUGUCGUUCAAUCGAUGCAGGGACCCGCCAACUAUGUCAACCCUCCUCGAAGGGAUGUCGUGGGUGUUGGAGGCUCCACAGUGAUCAUUCGAUUCCAAUCAGACAACCCUGGGCCCUGGUUCUUCCAUUGCCGUAAGAUUCUACUCAAAGGAAAAUUGAUUGUAACUCACCGUAAACCGACAACACAUAUCAUUCUAGAUAUCGACUGGCAUCUGGAAGCCGGACUAGCUGUUGUUUUUGCGGAGAGGCCUAACGAUCAGAGAGUCGGUCCACAGUCCGAGAUAAUCAAGCAAACGUGGCUCGACCUCUGCCCAAUCUAUAAAGCGCUUCCAGCUGAUCAACAAUGA